AUGGCGUCCUUGUGGAAGCGCUCCGCCUGCCUGCUGCUCAUAGGGGCCUUAUACCCGGCUGUAUUUCUGCUCUCGGCCGUCAUCCAGUUUGCCCAAACUGUGCUACCUCCUGGGAUCGAUCAACCCCGGAAGCUCCGCUUCCUGCAGACUAUGUUACUCUCAGGAUUAAUUUUGGGAGCCAUUUUAGAGCAGCUGGGUUUGUGCAGCCUCCCUGAGCUCUUACGGAUUUUGAUUAACGGAAUACCCCCAUCUAGGGAGCCGUCGCUUGUCAUUCAGAACCAGAAAUUUGAUGGGGUGCCAGUGAGGAUCUACUGGCCCAAAACAGUGCCAACAACACGAAGAAAAGCUGUACUUUACUGCCAUGGAGGAGCUGGCAUUUUUGGAAGCAUUGAUGCCUACGAAAGAAUCCUGCACCACAUUGCCAAAGAAGGGGAUUCGACUGUUGUUGCAGUUGGGUAUGGACUUGGGCCAGAGAAUCCUUAUCCAAACCAGUAUGCCGAAUGUCUGAAGGCUGCCAUCUACCUCAUGAAACACGCAGAAGAGUACAGUGUAGACCCUUCCCGCAUUAUCAUUUCUGGAGACAGCUGUGGGGCUAAUUUUGCCACACGGAUUUGCCAGUUACUGGCGGACCGGAGUGACCUUCCCAGGGUCCAUGCCCAGGUGUUGAUCUAUCCAGGGCUGCAGGCCGCGGACUUCUCUUUGCCAUCCUAUCAGCAGAAUUACAGAUCUCCCUUCUUGUGGCGCAGGCUGGUCAUCUACUUUGGCUGCCGUUACCUUAACAAGCCAACUUCCUACAUAAAUGAUAUUCUGAAGGGCAGCCAUGUUCCCAAGGCCACCAGACUGAAGUACCAGAAGUGGGUGAACGUCAACAACAUCCCUGAACAGUUCAAAGUCAGAGGCUACAAACCACAAGACCCCUCCUUGUAUAAGUUUAACCCUCAGCUGCACGAAGAAAUGAAAGAACUGCUCUCGCAGACCUUUUCACCCCUGCUUGCCGAAGAUGCAGUUAUCCGCAAGCUCCCGCAGACGUUCCUUGUGACCUGUGAGUUCGACGUCCUUCGAGAUGAUGGGCUACUGUACAUGAGGCGGCUGAUGGACAACCAUGUGCCAGUGACCUGGAGCCACAUAGAGAAUGGUGUCCACGGAAUAGCCGCUGUUUUUGGCUAUCGCUUCCUGUCCUUUCCUUCAGCAGAAAGGGUUGUGCACGAUGUCACCAAUUUCAUCAGACACUUGUGA